AUGGCGGACAGAUACUUGGGCUUGUGCAGAGUGUUCAGGGGGAAGAAAAAGAAAAGCCCUGAAGCUGCUCCAGCACAACAGCAUGAAAACCCGGAGCAAUUCCAGCCACUGGAGGAUGAUGCACCCCUGGACUGCACAGAAGAGAAGGAACCUGCCCGUGGCCACGACCGCAAAACCCUGAAGACUUUCUGGAAGUCCCCGCGCAUUCGACGUAGAAAGACCGGCAGCGCAGCAGCUGAGGGCCCGGCCGAGCCUGACUCGGGGCUGACCGAGCUCCAGGCUGAGCCUGAUGUCAGCCCAGAUUCGCCUGAGUGCUCAGAGAACUCUGACACCUCAGUGACUGAAACCUGGACAAAGGUUCUUCUCCCGUCAGUGACUGAGGAUGUGGCCAUCACAAACACCGACAGUGAAGAGACUCCGGGCAUCACAAAUACUGCCACCAGCCUAGAUCCAGCGGAGCCCUCAGAAGACUCUGAGGCUGCAAGGAAUGACCAGAGGGCAAAUGCUGACAUGGCACUGACUGAGGAUGUGGACAUGACAAACGCCAAAACCAGACACACUCAGGGCAUCGCAAAUACUGACACCAUGCCCACGCCCUCUCCCACUCUGAGUCAGGAUCUCAUAUUCGACUAUUUCAAGGACCCUUGUGUUUCUUCUCAGCCACUGCAGGUAAGCAGCCUGGGGCCAGGCCUGGAGGCCUCCCAGGAUCGUGUGUCCUCUCAAGCCAUGGUCUCUGGGCCCCCUCAGCCUUUGAGGCCAGCACAGUGGGGAAGAAGGGAAGUGCCAGCCAAGGUGAAGUACAUCCACCAAAGUCUCAUGUCCCAAGUCACUGUGGAUGCCUGGCAAGGGGCCGCCUCACAAAGCGCCCACAUCCUCUCCAGGGAUGCUGGGGAAAGACCAGACCUCUGUGAGUCACUCCUGGGAGGGGUUUGGCCUUCCCACCUCAUGGCCUUUUUCCCCCCUGCCAGGGAGCUGUGCCAUGUCUUGGUCCCCUUCUGUUCCCGCACUGCAUUCUGCCUGCUCCGGCCACACAGCAGGGCAGAGCCGUGCUGGGAUCUGCCCGUCCUGGCAUUCCUGGUGGAGGUCCUCGGGUGCCUGGACUUGAGAGAAUGUGGCGACAGCCUUCUGGAGAUCAUGUCAAGGCACCUGUGGAGCGAGUGCAGGGAGCGGCGUCGCCUGGCGCUCCGAGGCCUCGUGGUGCUCACCAAGGAUCCCUCGAUGGCCAGAAGAAUGCACCCUCUGUCUCCAAGGCUUCUGGAGCUGCUGGGGGAUGCAAAUGCAGAGGUGGUCAGCAUGAGCCUCUGUGUGUUCACAAAUGUCCUCCAGCACAAAGGCAUCCUGGUAUCCAGCACCACUACCCCGAAGCUCGCUGAGGCACUCCUCCUGCUCUUUGACCAUGACAGCAGCAAUGUGCACUUGAUCUCUAUUCAACUCUUUGACAAGAUGAUGCACUUGGUAGUGGAUGAGGGAAAAAAGCCCUUGAAGAAGAUUUUGUGUCAGAGCUUGCUCCCACUUUUCUUGUAUUGCCAUGAGGAGAACCGGCGUGUGGCGAAGGCCUCUCGGGAAACGCUGCUUGGUGUGGCUGAGUUUCUGAAGAAGAGGAAUCUCAGGAAGCUGCUGAAGAAUGAGCAGCUGUCACAGUUUGCCGAGUGCCUGGUAAGGAGGGCUGGGAGGCCACAGCCUCAGCCUGGAGAAGCCCCCUGAGCGCGGUGCUCGGUGUGCAGGCUGGCAGCUGUGCCCCUCCCGCUGCUGCAGCCCGAGGCCGCGCAGGCUCUGCUCCAGGCUCCUGCGGGCCCAGCCGGGUGCCGAUGGAGCCGCGGCCCGGCGGGGCUGCGGGGCGGCACCGCGGCUCCCCGGGCAGCAGCCGGCCCUCUGCCCCCUCCAGAGCCGGGCGCCAGCGGCUGCUGGCCGGGCCUCAGGGCUGUGCGGGCAG